AUGCAGGUGGUCAAGGAGCCGAUGCAGGUAAACAAGGAGCCGAUGCAGGUGGUCAAGGAGCCGACGCAGGUAAACAAGGAGACGAUGCAGGUGGUCGAGGAGCCGGUGCAGGUAAACAAGGAGCCGAUGCAGGUGGUCAGGGAGCCGAUGCAGGUAAACAAGGAGCCGAUGCAGGUGGUCGAGGAGCCGGUGCAGGUGAUCAAGGAGCUGGUGCAGGUGGUCAAGGAGCCGGUGCAGGUGGGCAAGAUGCCGGAACAGGUAAUCAGGGAGCCGGCGCACAAAAUCAAGUUACUGCAUUUGCGCUUUCGAAUCCCGAAGUACUGCUAUUUCUACGAUUUAAACAGUACAUCGGCACUUUUUAGUCCGACAUAA